ACAACAUUAUUUAAUUUUAGUGCUCUGGUCCUUCCCACUUCCAGCAGAGCAGAUUCGUACACCUUACAGAGAAGUUAUGGCUUUCAGCUACCCAUUUGAAUUCAACUUGUAUGGUUAUGAAAAUUCCCAGCAACCGCACCAGCGCCAAUGGCCCCAUUUCCGCUUCCAAUCACCAAAAGAUGGAGCCGUCGUCUCAGACUUCAAUAGCGACUUUUGAGUUUUCUUCUCCCUCAAAACUUUUUUCAUUUCUUUAAUUCAUUCAACGUAUAAGUAUCAUACCUCAUAGCUGUAUGUGGGUCUCUCUGGAUUAGGACCAUCACCGCCCAGUAUUUGUAAAAGUUAGGUCUGACUUCUGAUUGGGGUUUAUCAUAAUUCUGUCGUCUAAUUGAUGUGCGAUUUUCUUACAUCUGGACCUUAAUUGACGGCCCAGAAUCGAUUUUCCCAUUAUAUUACGCUCUUGUUCCUGCGAUUUUCUAAUCAUUUGACUUCGUUGGAUGGUGACUUGCUCUGGGGUUUACCCAUUUUCUUAUGCAUUGCUCUAUAAUCUUCCUCUCUUCUCUCCAGUUUUCAAUUGGGAUUGUUUUUUUAAAUCAUUUUCUGAAACAGCUGGCCACAAUAAAUAUAUGUGUCAAGAUAUUCUAAUUUCAAACCCAAUAGAACCGGACCAACUGUUGUCAUUGUUUGGAUUAGGACAACCUUUUUUCAAAUCAUUUUUUAAAUUUGAGUUAAUGGCAAUCUUUUGACUAGUGGGUUUAUUUUAUUUCCAUGGUUUGUGUACUUUGUUGUUUUUCUAAUUUGUUGAUCUAGACUGUCUUUUUUCUUAAGUUUCAUUGCUUUAGAAGAGGACUAAUUUCUAUUCAACCCUUUAAUUAAUUUGAUAUUGGAUUUGAAUUAAUGCUUCCUUCAAUUACAUGGACUGCCAUUAGAUAACUGUUUGGCCAAUGACAAUAUUAUUCAUUUUAAAAUUUGUCUCAUUUUAAUUUUUGUUCAUUGGGAAUUAUGUAUCUACAACGCAUGGUACAAUAUUCUAUAAUUAAAAAUUUAUCCCAUUUUAGUUUGUGUUCAUUGGCAAUUAUGUGUGCAACUCAUGGUUCAUGUAGCUUUCUCUUGAGUCAAAUAUUCCAAUUGCUAGCAGCCAAACAGAAUAAUAUAUACAAAGAAGAUGAUGACAAAACAUUCAAGCUUGUGUUCACUUUGGACAAGAACCAUAUAUUCCCACUUUAUAGCUGGAACAGUCUCUCUGGUCUGUUUUGUUUUUUCCUAAAGAUUAAGGACAUUCCAGUCUAAAAUAAGCAGCCGUAAUUAUCUUUAAUAGUCCCAUUUGAGGUUGUUUUGCAAGUACAUGGACUGUUCAUGUCUAUAAAUAUGUGAUGUUACCUAUUUCUGAAAGACGUGUGUUAGUUGUUCUCGUUUGUUCCGCUUUGGCCAUUCUUCAUUCUCGUACAAAACAUGCUUUGCCUCUGAGUUCCAUACUCAAGGCUCGCCAUUUCCGGAGGGACAGAGAAUUCUAUUCUUAAAGUUUCUUGCCGAAAUCCAAGAUUUCCCUUUUGCUUUAAGAGAUAGUGACAAAGCCUGCUUGAUUGGACGUUCAUCAUAUCAAAAACUAGGAAGAUUCUUAUUCUCUAUCUGUCCUGACAUUUUCCUGCUGCAACAGUUGUUCUGAAGGUGGUGGUAUUUCAUAUGGAAAACGGAAAAUAUCAAGAUUAUACACCCGAGCAGUCGUCUGAAGUUCCAUCAUUAAUCAAAUACAUAUCAUCAAUUGAAGUGGCUGGCUUUGACAAUAUUAAAGAGAGUGACUUUCCAAAUAAUCAGCUUCAAUCAAGCGAUUCUCAUUCCUCUUGUACACAGCCCAAUGGAAAUGCAUCACCUGCCGUUCAAAGUGAUGGCGAGCUCCAGUUCGUUAAUCAUCAAAGGAAGCGUUCUGUUUCCAUCAGCAUGCCACCUUCCCCUGUGGGAGUUCACUUACAGACCCCCAAAAGAGUUCUCUUCAGUGGUGAAACAGUUCUAAACAAUGGAACCAUGGGUUCUGCUGCUGGGGGGAAAUCACAGAAAGCUGCAAAGUUUCACUCUCAGCCAAUUCCAAGGGGCUCUACAUUUGAGGAUGCUGCAAUGAGGAGCGGGAAUGUUGCACAUCACCCUAGUAUUCCAAGAUUGAAGGACAAAAGAUUUGAUUCUUUCAAAACAUGGUCUGGAAAACUUGAAAGGCAAUUAACUUUAUUUCGUGGAAAGCCACCACAGGAAACUGGGCUAGAUGGAAUUGAAGUUGACGGAUCAGAAAUUGAGAACACCAUACCCGUUGACCGUUACUUCGAUGCCUUGGAAGGUCCAGAGCUGGAAACUCUAAAGGCUUCAGAAGAAAUACUGCUCCCAGAUGACAGGACAUGGCCUUUUCUACUCCGAUUUCCUAUCUCUUCGUUUGGUAUAUGUCUUGGUGUCAGUAGCCAAGCAAUCAUGUGGAAAACACUGGCUACCUCAGUCUCCACGAAGUUUCUUCAUUUGAGCCUAAAAAUAAAUCUCGUUUUAUGGAUCAUUUCCAUUGCUCUUAUAGUUGUCGUCAGUUCCACUUAUCUUCUGAAAAUUCUUCUAUACUUUGAAGCCGUUCGUCGCGAGUACUACCACCCUAUUCGUGUCAACUUCUUCUUCGCACCAUGGAUAGCCUUCUUGUUCUUAGCCAUUGGCGUACCACCUUCAGUUGCCACCGACCUGCAUCCAGCUAUUUGGUAUGUUCUCAUGGCUCCAUUUUUAUGUCUUGAGCUUAAGAUUUAUGGGCAAUGGAUGUCGGGAGGCCAACGGAGACUGUCAAAAGUGGCUAAUCCUACAAACCAUCUCUCUAUUGUGGGGAACUUUGUGGGGGCUCUGUUGGGAGCCUCAAUGGGACUAAAAGAAGGGCCCAUAUUCUUCUUCGCUAUUGGGCUGGCUCACUAUUUAGUCCUUUUUGUAACUCUCUACCAGAGACUACCAACCAAUGAGACACUCCCAAAAGAGCUGCAUCCAGUAUUCUUUCUUUUUAUAGCAGCACCAAGUGUUGCAUCUAUGGCAUGGGCAAAAAUUCAAGGUUCCUUCGACAAUGGUUCGCGAAUUGCUUACUUUAUCGCUCUGUUCCUUUAUUUCUCACUGGUUGUUCGAGUCAACUUUUUCCGAGGCUUCAAGUUCUCACUGGCCUGGUGGGCAUAUACUUUUCCUAUGACUGGAGCUGCAAUUGCAACCAUUAGGUACUCAGCUGAAGUUACACAUGUGGUAACACAAGUCCUGUCUGUUCUACUUUCUGCAACUGCUACAAUCAUAGUUUCAGCUCUCCUUGUAACAACUAUCAUCCACGCCUUCGUGCUUCGCGACCUCUUCCCUAAUGACAUUGCUAUAGCCAUUAGUGAUAGGAAGCCGAAACCGCAGAGGAAUUGGUUUCAUCAUCUUGGACAUGGAAUAGAAUCCCGAGACAUUGAGAACUUCUUGAAGUUUUCUAGCUCAGAUGACAAGGACCUAGAAGCAUCUCAUAGACCACCAACCUCUGGAGGCGGAAGUGUUUAAGCUCCAACUGUCAAAUGAUCAGCUCCGCUGAUCUCGGCUCGUUAUCUAUGUAAAAUUACCACCCUGACAUGUGAGGAGCUUGAUUUUGUAGUUUGAAUGGCUCCAAUGAACAUGUGUGGGUUGGAUAGAGUAGUGUACAUUGAGAGUUGUAAAAGAACGUUCCUUGUUAGAAACAUAGUAAGAUCUGUGUAUCAAUAUCUACGAUGAGCUAAAUUUCUUGUUCUAGCUCAGUGAGACGGUGAAGACGUAUUUUAUCCUCGGAAUAUAUCAAUCAUAUGAGUUAACUUGAGAUA